CUAGGGGUAGGAUCUGUGUUUAUAUAGCCCAGGCAGACCCUCUCUCCGACCCAUUCCCUCUCAGCCGGAGAACACAACUCUACCAGGACCGAUGCCAAGGGAUUGCUCAGCAUUUAACAAGAGAGAGAGACAGAGAGACAGAGACAGAGAGAGAGAGAGAGAGAGAGAGAGAGAGAGAGAGACAGAGAGAGAGAGAGAGAGAGAGCGAGAGAGAGAGAGAGAGAGAAAGAGGAGAGGAGGGAAACAGCUCUGACAUAUUUAACACAGACUCCCAUUCUCAACAUACUCACACACACUGAGACAGACAGCAGACAAAACCCCCAGCACAGUCUCUGACAGGUAGGUAGACUUCAACACAGACAGACAGACUCUCUCUCUGAGACGGACGGGCAGGCAGCAUGUUUCUGUGGUGGCUCCCCCAGGCAGUGUGUCUGGUGUCGCUGACUCUUGGGUACGAGGACGAUAUCGAGGUGAACUAUGGUGACAGUUACUACAACGAGAUCACAGAGGGAGAGCCACUGGAGCCCACGGCUAUCCCAACCCAAGCCCCCUGUAAGGUUACAGAGAUGACUAAAUGGGACAAGCUCUUCUCCAUGCUGGAGAACUCUCAGAUGAGGGAGAACAUGCUUCUGCAGUACUCCGAUGACAUCAUCAAGGUGGAGUUGGGGUCGCUGCGUGGAGAAAUGCUAAGGUUCGUGGCUCAGUACGGAGGGGCCUGUGGCGUUGCGGUGGAGACUGCUGGACGGAGGAUGUCCAUGCAGAUGGAAGCUCGCCUCAAGGAGAGCCUGGAGCAUCUCAGGCAAGAUCGGAGCAUUGCUGCUGGGAAAUCUGCAGGUAAUUCUGGGAAUAGCAACCAGGAGACGCUGUUACAGCAGCUCCUCCACGCGGCGCGGACACAGGCUUCCCGACUCGUCAAGCUAGAAAAUAUCUGCCUGAGUAAUCCAGGACCCAUAACGCCACCAGAGGCAAAGGGGGAAGACCUGCAGCAGGAUGUGGUGCCGGCAGAGAUGCUGGUUGCCCUGGUGACAGAGCUGGCGAAGACGAGGGCAGUUCUGGAACUAGCGUUCAAGUCGGCACAGCAACGACACCUGCCCGCAGGCUGUGAGACCGCUCUUCUCUUCCCUAUGCGUUCCCCUCGUAUCUUCUCCUCGGUGACACCAGACCUCCCUCUCUCUCUCUCUUCCUUCACCGUGUGCCUGUGGGCCAAGCCCGUCUCCGUCUCCAACAGAACCGUGCUGUUCUCCUACGGAACCAAACGGAACCCCUAUGAGAUCCAGCUCCUUCUCAGUGGAACCAGGGCUCUCUUCACCGUGGGGGGAGAGGCUCACCUGGUGGAGGGGCGGGGUGUGGUGAGAGGAGGAGUUUGGACCCACCUAUGUGGGGCUUGGAGCUCUGAGCAGGGCAUAGCGUCACUGUGGGCCGAUGGACACAGAGUGGCAUUCACACCCGGGGUGGCCGAGGGCCACAUGUUAACCGAUGGAGGCUCCCUCCAGCUGGGGCAGGAGAAGAACGACGGCAGGGUCUCUGGAGGGUCAGGUGGCAGUGGGAGACAGAUGCCUGGGUUUGACGGAGGCUUCGAUGCCAAGUUGGCGUUCGCUGGGAAGAUGACAGGGGUGAACAUGUGGGACCAUGUGCUGACGGAGGAGGAGAUAUCCCAGCUGGCUUUGCAGGACGGCGAGGGGUGUGAGCAGAGGGGGAAUGUAGUUGGGUGGGGCUUGACGGAGAUCGUGCCUCACGGGGGUGCUCAGUUCAUCAACUAACUCUGAUGACGUUUUCAUCAUCAUCCUCAUCAUCAUCAUUUAAAUGAACUCUAUCAUCACCAUUAUAAACUAAGACCUGCAGUGCAGAACAGCCCAACCGGCUGAGACUGCGACAAUAAUGUGAACAUAAACAACAACAACAACAACAACAACAGCAGCUCCCUUUAAUGGUUUAUGAGACUGUGACAAUAAUGUGUCCUGUUGGAGGAGUGGUUCCCAUUUAGAGAAGCAGGAGAGUGGUAACACACACACUCACACACACACACACACACGCACACGCAUGCACACACACGCAAGUCAGAUGCCUGGGUUUGUGAACAUGUGUGUGCAACAAUAAUGUGAACGCACAACCAACACACACGCACACACACACACACACACACACACACACACACACACACACACACACACACACACACACACACACACACACACACACACACACACACACACACACACACACACACACACACACACACACACACUUGGUGAGAAGCAUUAGUAUACUGUACAUAGCCUUAGGAGGAGAAGUGGAGAAAACAGAAUUUACCACAGAUUUAAAGAGAGAAAAGGAAAGGAAAGAACCGAGGUGAGAGAGAGAAACAAAGAGCUCAUUGUGUGGAAGGAGAGAUGCUUGAGGGCAACUGUCACAAAAACCAGUCUGCAAGGGUCAUCGCUAGAUGGCUAUGCCAGAGGAGGACAACAUUAUCUAUACCAUCAGAAGCCAUGCCAGAGGAGGACAACAUUAUCUAUACCAUCAGAAGCUAUGCCAGAGGAGGACAACAUUAUCUAUACCAUCAGAAGGUAUGCCAGAGGAGGACAACAUUAUCUAUACCAUCAGAAGCCAUGCCAGAGGAGGACAACAUUAUCUAUACCAUCAGAAGCCAUGCCAGAGGAGGACAACAUUAUCUAUACCAUCAGAAGCUAUGCGAGAGAAGGACAACAUUAUCUAUACCAUCAGAAGCUAUGCCAGAGGAGGACAACAUUAUCUAUACCAUCAGAAGCUAUGCGAGAGGAGGACAACAUUAUCUAUACCAUCAGAAGCUAUGCCAGAGGAGGACAACAUUAUCUAUACCAUCAGAAGCCAUGCCAGAGGAGGACAACAUUAUCUAUACCAUCAGAAGCUAUGCGAGAGAAGGACAACAUUAUCUAUACCAUCAGAAGCUAUGCCAGAGGAGGACAACAUUAUCUAUACCAUCAGAAGCUAUGCGAGAGGAGGACAACAUUAUCUAUACCAUCAGAAGCCAUGCCAGAGGAGGACAACAUUAUCUAUACCAUCAGAAGCCAUGCCAGAGGAGGACAACAUUAUCUAUACCAUCAGAAGCUAUGCGAGAGGAGGACAACAUUAUCUAUACCAUCAGAAGCUAUCCUAGAGAUGACAACAUUAUCUAUACCAUCAGAAGCUAUGCCAGAGGAGGACAACAUUAUCUAUACCAUCAGAAGCUAUCCUAGAGAUGACAACAUUAUCUAUACCAUCAGAAGCCAUGCCAGAGGAGGACAACAUUAUCUAUACCAUCAGAAGCCAUGCCAGAGGAGGACAACAUUAUCUAUACCAUCAGAAGCCAUGCCAGAGGAGGACAACAUUAUCUAUACCAUCAGAAGCCAUGCCAGAGGAGGACAACAUUAUCUAUACCAUCAGAAGCCAUGCCAGAGGAGGACAACAUUAUCUAUACCAUCAGAAGCCAUGCCAGAGGAGGACAACAUUAUCUAUACCAUCAGAAGCCAUGCCAGAGGAGGACAACAUUAUCUAUACCAUCAGAAGCUAUCCUAGAGAUGACAACAUUUGCUAUAAAUAUGAGUGUGUUAGCUAUUUGUUACCAAUGGGAGUGUCAGGGUUAAGGGGUAAGGUAAAUGGUAAAGGGUUGAGGUUUGGGUUCAGUUGUUAGGGUGGCAUUGUGGUUAGAAAACGUUUUACUGUGGUCCUCUCUGGCAUGGCUAUGUAGUAACAACCAUCUGCAUGCUGCUAUAAUGUUUUACCGUGGUCCUCUCUGGCAUGGCUAUGUAGUAACAACCAUCUGCAUGCUGCCAUAAUGUUUUACCGUGGUCCUCUCUGGCAUGGCUAUGUAGUAACAACCAUCUGCAUGCUGCUAUAAUGUUUUACCGUGGUCCUCUCUGGCAUGGCUAUGUAGUAACAACCAUCUGCAUGCUGCCAUAAUGUUUUACCGUGGUCCUCUCUGGCAUGGCUAUGUAGUAACAUCCAUCUGCAUGCUGCCAUAAUGUUUUACCGUGGUCCUCUCUGGCAUGGCUAUGUAGUAACAUCCAUCUGCAUGCUGCCAUAAUGUUUUACCGUGGUCCUCUCUGGCAUGGCUAUGUAGUAACAACCAUCUGCAUGCUGCCAUAAUGUUUUACCGUGGUCCUCUCUGGCAUGGCUAUGUAGUAACAUCCAUCUGCAUGCUGCUAUAAUGUUUUACCGUGGUCCUCUCUGGCAUGGCUAUGUAGUAACAUCCAUCUGCAUGCUGCCAUAGGAGAUUUAUCAAAGUGUUUACAUUUCAGAUGUGACAAACAUAAUAUUUAAGUUGUUUUGUGUUUCUCUUUGUUUUCUAUAUAAUCCAAAGGGGUUUAUUGUGUUCCUCAUUGUUUUCUAUAUAAUCCAAAGGGGUUUAUUGUGUUUCUCUUUGAAAUGGGUGACAACAAGAUGACACAACUAUAGUGGCUCAUUCCAUGUUGGUUUUGCGUCCCUUGUGAGACAGAAACACUUGAUUUGAAAAGAGGAACUGUGGACAAUGUUUACAGAAUUUUGUUACGACCUCUCUCUGCUCUCUCAUAGUAGACAAUGGGUAUCAUAUUGUAAAUUGUUUUGUGUUUUUGUCAAGAAGUAAAAAUGAAUGUCUUUUGUAUAUAAAUAUAUAUUUUUUGCAUUUACAGUAGGACUAGAAUUGAAGACCAAGAUAUGAAUAAAACUACAUGUUGACAUUA